CAAACAAUUCCAUCCCAUCACCAAAGCUCUUAAAAAAGUCCCCGUUUCCGUCUCUUUAAAAAACCUCAUCUCAAAGUCUCUUCUCAAGAAUUCCAGAUGGCUCCUAAGGCAGAGAAGAAGCCGGCCGAGAAGAAGCCUGCAGCGGCCGAGAAAGCCCCAGCAGAGAAGAAGCCAAGAGCAGAGAAGAAGUUGCCCAAAGAAGGAGGAGCGAUUGACAAGAAGAAGAAGAAGGCAAAAAAGAGCGUCGAGACCUACAAGAUUUACAUCUUCAAGGUCUUGAAACAAGUCCACCCUGAUAUUGGGAUUUCUAGUAAGGCUAUGGGUAUCAUGAACAGUUUCAUCAACGAUAUCUUUGAGAAGCUUGCUCAAGAGGCUUCGAGGCUUGCCAGGUACAACAAGAAACCCACAAUUACUUCUCGGGAGAUCCAAACUGCUGUCCGAUUGGUUUUGCCUGGAGAACUUGCGAAACAUGCUGUUUCUGAAGGGACGAAGGCUGUUACCAAGUUUACAAGCUCUUAGACAGCUAGGACUCGUUGAAUCCUUUGUGGGUUCUGUUGAAUUGUGCGUCUAUGUAAAGGUUCUUUAGAUCCUCGGUUGAGAGAAUUUGAUUUAGGCUUUUUUUUAAUUUAAUUUUAUUUGCUGGAAUUCUCCUUAAAUAAAUUGUUUAAUUAUGUGGGUU